AUGAACUCGAUUAAGCAGAUCUUUUCAAAAAUAAAGCUUAAGCCAAGCGCUGAGUCGGAAGUUAAUCGGAAGCCCGAAAUUAACAGGGACGUCUUCGUCGACUUCAGGCCUUCAGAUGUUGAGAAUCCCAGAAAUUGGUCUCCUGCCAGAAAGUGUUUCGGUGGCUUGUUGGUAGGCAGGUUCCUCGCUGGUUCCUUCGUCGCUGGGCCUGCUGUCACGGCACCUGGUGUUAUCUCGGACCUGUGGGACAUAGUUGAUCGUGGCAAUGCCAUGGCCAUCUUCAGCUGCGCAGCCUGGAUUGGCCCAGCCGCUGGGUCGGUCAUCUCUGGGUUCCUUCAGCUGAAGCUGAACUGGCGCUGGGGCAUGUAUGUCUGCCUCUGGCUUGGAGCGUUCAGCAUUCUGCCUCUCCUUAUGGUUCCCGAAACGCACGGAUCCACGGUUCUAGCACAUAAAGCAAAGCGGGCUCGCCAUCAAGGUUACCGCCAUGAUGGCCACAACAUCCAGUCCGAAAGUGAGGCUUCUAGACCAAAGCUGCUUCAAAUCUACAAGAUAUCCCUUACACGGCCCUGGGUUCUCCUGUUUGACCCAAUUUCUUUCUUCUGCUGUCUUUAUUCCGCUGUUAUUUUCACCUUACAGUUCAUGCUGUUCACCAUAUAUCCCAUCGUUUUCCAGGACAUGAGAGGAUGGAACCCUGGCGUAUCACAGAUUCCAAUUCUCGGACAGGCCGUUGGCGGGGUCAUGGGCGUCUUCAUCAUAUUCGCGGAUACCAAGCGAAGGAGACAGAAGGCAAAUUCAGGAAAGGCCCUGCUGCCGGAAGACCGAAUGAUUCUUGCCAUGAUUGGGGGCGUAGGCUUCCCCAUUUUCAUGUUCUGGCUCAGCUGGAGUGCCCAAUACAACUCGGUACAUUGGAUCGUGCCAACCAUUGGUGGUACCUUACUCGCUACCUGUCUCAUGCUCAUCUUCUUCGCCAACCUGAAUUACAUAGUCGACGCCUACGCAGACUACGCCGCUUCUGUCAACGCCGCCAACACAAUUGCGCGGUGUAGCAGCAGUGCCGCGGCUCCUCUUUUCACUAGACAAAUGUUCAGCGCUCUUGGCAUUGGCGGGGGAGGCUCCCUGAUUGCCGGUGUGGCAGCGCUUCUAGCCAUCACUCCAUUCUUGUUUCAUCGUUAUGGCCAUGUCAUCCGAUCAAAGAGCAAAUAUGCUCUUGCAUGA